GUAUACCGGUACACCGCGCAGCCAUUGGUCGAGUCGAUUUUCGAACGUGGAAUGGCCACUUGCUUUGCUUACGGCCAAACAGGCUCAGGAAAAACGCACACAAUGGGCGGGGAAUUUCACUCACCCGGACAGCAGGAUUCUACCACCGGAAUUUAUGCUCUCGCUGUGACUUACUGGAGACCGUCCGAGCAGCCUACGAGCAACUACUGGACUUGCUUCACGUGUUGCGAUGGCCACGGCUGUAUGUAUUGCCCUACGAUUUCUAUGGUACCAGAUGCAGAUCCUCAUUGGCCUUGA